AUGACUACAAGACCAACGACAAUGACUACAAGAUCAACAACACCAACAACAACCACACCAACAACAAUUACACCAUCACCAAUAGCAAGUACAACAAUAUCAGUACUAUCAACAAGUGCAGCAAGAACAAUAAUACCAACAACAGCAAACACGCCUCUGAUGUUAAGCAUUGAAAGCAGCUCUUCGGGACUUUCCUCUGGUAUUUAUAACAACGAUUCCACUACAGUGAUCCUACCACCAUUUACAACUCCGUCUACUUCAUUGAAUAACAACACUAUCAAACUAAAUCAAACAAACAUAGACACCACUGUCUCGAGUGUUCACAACACUGAUUCCAGCAUACUAAUGUCGAUUUUGACAAAGACCCAAUCAUUCACAACGUCGUUCGUUCCCUCAAGUAAAACCACUAGUAACACUUACAUAACUGAUUCAGCUUACAAUAACAUAACACAUGCUCCAAUACAUGUAAACACUGAAAAUAAUAACUAUACAGAUGAUCCACUCGUUAGAAAUACUUCCGUUUUUACGCAAACAAACAAAUACAUCGUUUCUACAGAAACAAUUGUUGCUACAGCGUCGCAAAAUACACCAUUAAACCCUGAAUCAAGCCAUUCAAUGCAAACAAGUAAAUGGGAAUCCGUGACACCAUCUGUAACAAAUUAUAGUCCGACCGUGACCACCCAGAUAGAACAUCUCGUCAGUCAGAGCAUUUUUCCAACUCAUAGAUCACCACAAACUCCAAUCACGACAUCAUUUAUCAGUAACUUAAUAUCCACACCAACAGAUUACAAUUAUAACAUAACUGUAUCAGAAUAUAAAUCGACACAAGUGUUAUCGACACUAAGAGAAGUCACCACACCCAACGUAUUGAAUGUGUCAGAAAGCCAGAGUUUAACAGAAACUUCGAGGAUGCCGACCACAUCUGCAAAACCGACAGUCAUCAUAACUUCUCCGAUCAGCACGACAACAGAAAGAAUUGAUCUUUGCCCAUACAAGUUUCUAUCCGAGGUGCACGAAAAUAUUCAGAACAAAGUAUUUAGGCAGUAUGGGAAAUACUGCUAUGAAUUGCGGCUGAAAACCGGAACCUGGUUGGAUGCGUCAAAGGAUUGUUCGGAACGGGGAGGAAUGUUGGUUGUUAUAACAGAUCCGCACGUGCAGUCACUCGUCCAUGGCCUUGUAAAUAACCUUCAGCCGCCCGCUGAUAUCUGGCUUGGUCUUUCCGAUAGAGCUGAGGAAGGGGUAUGGCGAUGGGUCGAUGGUCAGCCGAUUAGUUACACUAACUGGACACCGGUAGACCCCGUGUUCAACGACAUUAAUGAUUGCGCCAUUAUGAGCCACAACUCGGGUAAUUGGAUGCAGGCAGAGUGUAGUUUCUAUAUGCUCCAUACAGAACGCCUUCCAUGGGUCUGCCAGUACGCUAUCUAGCGAUGAAUGCCACAAAAUCGUUGACACCGCCCCAGAGUGGAUGUUCAUGAAAAUGCUAAACUUGAAACUUGAAAAUACGAUUUUCUUGUUGGACCCGUCUGCAAAUGUUUGUAUUAGAAAGUAAAAAUGCGUAAUACUGUAACAAUUGCAUUUGCCUUUGUGAACACAGUUUACUGUUAUCAGUAAAUUGAACAAGAAUAAAAAGAGAAUGCAUCAUGAGAUAAUAAUCUGGAAUCUAUUAUUUUGAAUGACAUUUGCAAAACAAACAAUUGAGCUUAAUGUGAUAAUAGUAGUUUUUCAAAACUCCCUUUGUCGCUACUUGCCAAAGGAGAUUUCGGUAGGAGAUUGCGAUACCUAUAGGAAAUUGUUAUAGUACCGUGAAACCUUCUUCUAUUCAAAAACAAUUUUCAGGGCCAUUAUAAUUUAAGACUUCGUUAUCAAUUAAAGUAUACACACUGCAUUUCACAUGUUAUUAUGCAACGUGAAAAUAUUAAAAACAUUCUUCUGCAAUCUAUUAAAUUGUUGCUAAGUUAAUACCACACUUUUGACAAUAUCAAAUAAAGUCGGCAACCUUCUGUGCGCCGACUGUAAAUGUGGUAAAAUGUUACUUUAAAAAUCAGAGAUAAUUUUUCAACACAGCUGUUAAAAAAGAUGGAUUCAAAAUAUAUCUGGGAAGAACUGAA